GAAUACUUUAUUGAUCGUUUGCAGAGAUGUCCUCUGCUGAAACUGCUGAAGAGCAUCCAUCUCCAUUCGCCAACAUUUCGGCCGUUGUGUGUGACCACAGUUAUCUUCCCACUUGGUUUGGUUGUCUGGUGGAAAAUGCCCUCGUCUACAUAGCAGGAUUUGUAGUCCGGCAGAUUCUGCGAAAGCUGUCCUGUGAUGUGUGCCAUGCGAGCUUGGUCAGAGAUGCUGUACCAUCAUCAUUUGACGAGAGCUACCACCUUCUAUCCCUGAAAAACAACGGCGGCCUAGUGAUUCCAUCACAAGGCACAGUGAAGGUUUGAUUUUAUUAUCUUGUUUUUUUUAAUCUUUUAAUCUUUGUAUAUUAAAGUUGCUUUGUUCUUUGUUCUUAUUUUCUCUGUUCUGUAAAGUGUCUUUGAGCACUGUGUAAAGCGCUAUAUAAAUAUAAUGUAUUAUUAUUAUUAUUAUUAUUAUUAUUAUAAUAUAUAAGGUGCUGAGAGCUGCAGAGAGGGUGAUUCGCCAAGCUUCAUCAAAGCAAGCUCCAAAGGUGUCGACAGUCAUGCACAUUGUCCAGGAGGAGAUUGGAACGGAGGAUGUUUUCCUGCUUGGGGAACACGUUGAGGAGACACAGUUUGGCAUCGACAACCAUCAUUCCAACUUGUUGUCACUGGUUGUGUCUGUGUUUCUUGAGAUAAGGCUGCACCACAUUGCCAAACUCACCUUUCUUGACCUGCAGAAAGGGAGCACGAGGAAGAAGCUCUGCAAAACAGUCCUCUUUCAGGGGUUUUAGCUCAUCUAAAACUCUCAUGAGCAACUUUGUACAUGUGUAAAUAUGGUUUGUGGCGGGGAUGUGUCAUGUUCUUGUGUUAACUUGAGAAUUUACAUUUACAUUACAUUUUAUUCUCCCUCUGCUUUGUUAUACAAGUCUGAAAAGCAAGAUGAGAGUGUAUAGAGGCAUUUCCACUUCCUUCCCCUCCGCAUUUGUUAUCCAGGUUUUGUUCUAGUCACUCAUGGUUGUCACUCUUUUGUAUUCUGUUGUGAAACUUUUUGGUUAGCUAUAUUUGCUGUUAAUGCUGGAAUAAGUACAUUUCCUGCUGUUUUGAUGAGAAUGCGCAUCUGCCUGGUAUAGAACAGCCUCGAAACAGUCUCACAAAAAACGUGUGAAAAUCAGUUUAGAAUUCAGAGUUAUGAUUGAUUAACACAUUUCAUUGCGCCUCCCAAACAGAUUACACUGAGUGGCGCGGAUGACCGGUCCAAGAUGGCGGCCCCACGGCUCGUCAGCGCCAAUAGGGAGUAGCGGUCGAUGCAGCGUCUAUUCUUUAUAUGUCUAUGUUUUUAUAGAUCUCCUCCUUGUUUGUUUUUUCAUCUGUCAUCUCUCUUUUAAUUCAUCCAUCCCUUUUGUUUUAUCUCCCUUAUGUUUGUUUUUACAUGCUACCUAUGUUUGUGUGAUUGUGUAUGACUAUACCCUUAUGUCUAUUUGUUGUUUGUAAAACACUUUGGAUCUCUGUGUCAAAAAGGUGCUAUAUAAAUAAAGCUUUACUUACUUACUUACUUACUUCCUGUGCCGCUCUGUUGUCCAUCUCGGUGGAUGACAAGUCAGUAGCAUUCACCAUCUGGUAACCUCAUACGUCUCUUUCAAAUUUGGUGCCAAUCAAUCAAGUAGAUGUUGUGAUAUUUUAUUGAAUAGGCGAGCACUUUGAGCUGCAGGUGGUGCCCGACGUCAGUCAGGGAAUCACUAAACUCAUUAGGAUUUAUCCUUUGGGAACCUUGAAUAUCGGUCGCAAAUCCUCUGUUAUCCAUCUAAUUGAUCCGAUCUGAUAAUGAGAUCUUUUUGAUUGCCAUUUUGAAUCAUGAUGUAGAGCAAUUUGAACAGCCUUAACGAAACAAUAACACGAAAUAUUCUUCAUUUGACCUUGCAUUACCAUGUAGUGAAGAGACCACUUACAUUAUUUAAUUUUUAAAAUCACUUUGAAUUUGUCAAGACUUUUAUGUGACGAAUCACUUGUCAAGAAGUUGUGGCAGAAUACAGUUGGUUGAGGAUGUCGCAGAGUCAAUAUUGGCUGCUGCACCUCUCCACUAAUAUGUUCAUAUUUGUUUUAUCCUCUCCACUACAGAGUUUGCUCUGCUUACUUCCUCACAGUGAACUCUUAGUAGGACGCAAACAGUAUCAGGACAUGUUUCUGUAGUCUGAGCUGCUGAUGAGCAGUUUUCUCUCAGGGAAUCAGAAGAUCUAUCAGAGAACAGCAAGCUGCCAUGACAACAUGCAGAGGAUUGCUACUGCUCCUUGGAUUUGUGGGAUCCAUGUUUCUCAUCAUAUUGACCUCUCACCAAUGGGACAUGUCAAAAGAAAAAAGAGCGGAGAAGAUCCAUCAUCUACAUGAACUGAGAAAGCAGCUGCUAAGAGAAAUGUGUGAUGGUGACAAAGAGGCAUUUUCUGAGGGGAAGCGCACCGUAGAAGACAUGAGUGACAAAGAGCUGGAGAACCUCAUUGUGGAUGACAAACAUGGCAUCAUUUACUGUUACAUUCCCAAGGUGGCGUGUACCAACUGGAAAAGGGUUAUGUUUGUCCUGAACCAGAGCGAGCCAUAUCAUGACCCCAUGUCCAUACCUGGUGACUUGGUCCACAUGCACAGCAAGUACACUCUGCUAAACAGCUUCCCAAGAAUAGAGAUGAAGGCAAAGCUGAAGCACUACACCAAGUUCCUGUUUGUGCGGGACCCAUUUGUCCGCCUCAUCUCCGCCUAUCGAGACAAGUUCCAGCGGCACAAUGAGUACUACUAUAAGAACUAUGCCCGGUACAUUCUGCGUCAGUAUGGCAACCAGCCUGACCCACCACAGACAGUGGAUGAGGCGUUCGCAUCCGGCGUACGCCCCUCGUUUUACAACUUUAUUCAGUACCUGUUGGACCCGCUGACAGAGAAGCGAGAGCCCCUUGAACCCCACUGGAGGCAGAUGCACCGCCUGUGCCACCCCUGCCACAUACAGUAUGAUUUUGUUGGCCAUCAGGAGACUCUUCAGGAUGAUGCUGAGCAGCUUCUGAAGACCUUACAUCUGAAGGACGUCAUCAACUUCCCUCCUUCCUAUGAAAACAUGACUUCCCCGGAUUCUGUGUUGAACUGGUUCAGAACAGUGCCCCUAGAGGACAGGAGGAAGCUGUACAAGCUCUAUGAAGGGGACUUUAGGCUUUUUGGCUACAGAAAGCCAAUGGAAUUGCUUGCUGAUUGAGAUGAAAUGAUGAUUUGGACAACUUCACUUGUCCCUAUGCAGUCAAUGGGCAUAGAAACCACAAUAUUUACCUCUGAGCAAACCCUCACAAAUCACAAAGGAAAUUGCAAAUGUUUUGCAUUCUCUGAUACAGGAAUUAUAAGCAUUGUCAUUACAUAAUGGUUCUGUUCAUGCAUUUGUUUACUAAUUUUGCACAUUCUUACAUUUUCUACUCUACACCACUGAAAUCUGUUGGCUAAAAGCAUCAAAUAAAUGAAAAACAAAAUGAGGUUAUCAAGGUUCUAAGUAAAUGUCUGUAUUUUCUGUACUUCUUUACCUGUUUUCAGAUGUUUCUUAACAAUGUAAAUAAAUGUCACAGUGACCAACCCAAAGAGAAUUAUAACUCAA